UAUUGAUUGCCAAGCGCUUCGUAAACAAUAUGGCAGAAUUUUCGCAGGUAUUUGAAGACGGUCUCCGGGCGAGGAACGUUUUCGUGGCCGACAAGUAUGAUGAUGACGGUCGAAAGGAUAAUUAUAAGGAAGAAGAAGAAAAAUAUGCUUUUACGGAUGAGUCGGGACCCGAGGAAGACCCUUCAUUGCCGUAUGCAGGGAAGGUUUAUCUCGCUCGUCGGAAAAAACCAGACAGUUGGCUCACCACAAUAAUGGAGAUCCUGGCUGUAGUACUUGUAGCAUGCUUCAUCUACUACUCCUACUACUACAUGGACAACCUGCAGUUUCAUGUCACGCACGCCUACGCCCACAUGGGCCAAGCUCAUGCCGCACACAUGGUGGGUCAAAGGUUACUCUGGGGUGAAGGAACCAAGCAGGAUGAGGACAAGGCUAUGCAAUGGUUCAGGGUUGCAGCUGACAAGGGUCAUCCCCAUGCAUCUCAUAACCUGGCCAUAGGUCAUCUCCAUGGUUACAAUACAGAUGUCAAGGACAAAGAGGAAGCAAGAACUCUUCUGGAAUUCGCCAGGGACAACGGAGUUCAUGAAGCCCAUGAUGCAUUGCACCGUCUUUGUCCGCAUGACCAGUGUUGAGAAAAUACGGAAGGAAACAAUGGAAUCUUGAGUGGCCCUUUUCAGUAGGAAAUGAAUCCAGCUUAUUUCAAAAGACAAAUUGUGUUGGUGUUCCUUGUAUGUUCUGAAUUAUGAAGGGCAGGUACAAUUAAAAUAUCUCUGCCCUUUAAUUUGCUUGGUUGGAAUUAGCAUUGAUGUACUUGUUAACAGUAUUUGAGAGGUACAGUAAAUCAUGGUGUUGAUCAGAGUAACAGGAGUAGAGAAACAGAUAUGUUAAUUAUUUUGUCUACUUAUUGCAUGCGAAUAAUCCUACAUGUGACGAUGUGUAAGAGGGUGAAAGCAUGCUUACGACCCAUCCCUUUAGGAAAAGAACAGGAAACUAAAACAUUCCAUGUUGUACAACUAUGGAAUUUUUAACAUGUUAAGUACAACAUUCUGUAACAAAAAGGAAUUUCUGAAAAUGAUCAUCCGCUUUUUAUGCUAUUUGGAAACUUUUUUAGUUAUCAUUGUGUUCUGAAACCACAUGUUAUAUACGGUCUCUGACUGCCAUGUAUUAUAUUGAUGAACCUGAUACUGUCAUCAAAUGGCCUGAAGCAACACCAUGAUUUACAUGUACCUUUUAAUUGUCUUAGAGAAGACCAAUAUUCUUUUAUUUAAAAGAUCAGAAUUAUAUAGGUAACUUGCUCACAUUGGAGAAGAAACAAGUGAUAUUCUAGUGUGCUUUCAAUUGUGUUAUUUUCAAGAGUGUAUACAUACUGAAAUUGCCUUUCUUGUAUGAGUUGUAUUUAUGUCUUUCAAAAUGGUAUCACCUUGACUGAUAAGCAUUCCAAAUCUACAACCUUUUAGUAUUGUUAGUUUGUUAUAUGUUUUUUAUGAUACAUUUUUUGCCUUUUUAACAGACAUUGUAUGAAAUAUGUUAAUAGUCCGGGUAGUUAUCACGAGCAAUCAGGAAUGAGAAGUGAGAUGUGAUUAUGUAAAAGAACACUUCACAUUAGUGUGUUCAACAUUGACAACCACUGUAAUAUGUCUAUCAUCAAAUUUGUAAAGAGUUGUGAGUAGGCUGUGUAUGCAUGUACCAUGAUAGCUUUCUUAUACUUUAAAAUUGGUUUUUCAUCUGCUGUUAUUUAUAUACGAUUACAUUUGUUUGUUUUUAGAUAGCCCCCCCCCCCCCCCUCCCAAAAUCAGAUUCAAUCAAAUCAGAUUACAAAUUUUAAAUUGUGAGCCCACCACACAUUUUGACAAGAUUACUUUUUCUCCAUUUUCUUUUCUUUUUUUUUUCCUGUUGGUGGGGGUGCAUUUAGGGUAAAGAUUCUAAAUUUUAAAAUGUGAAUUCUUGCUAAUGGGUAUUCUCAAAGGUCUCUUGAAAACUUACAAAUUAAUUCCCUGCAUUUUCUGUCAUAUUAAACAUGUUACUACCGGUAUGUUUAUUCAAAAUCUCAAUCCACUUUGGAUCUUUAAAAUGUCUAAUCAUAUUCAAAUUCCUUCCUAGAGAUAUUUUCUGUCACAUGAAGCGAUAACAUACUUGUAAUAUACAUAUAUAUUGCACACAAGUAUUUGAUUUUACCGUCCAAAUUAUUCAGCUCAAUUUUUAAAAUACAAAUGUUUGUGUAAUAUAUACCUUUUGAAGUGUGCUUCGUGAUUGUAAAUUUCAUGUACAUAUAAAUUGAAACUAGAAGUGUUCAUUUGCAUUCUAAAGAAAAAGGGUUUAAAACAGCUAUUACACAAAAGGAUGUUUAUAUAUUUAUAGUAAACAUAUCUCCCCCCGAAUGAGGCUAUGAAGCCUCAACAUUGAAUUUUCCCUACUUUUUAGUAGAAAAUUAUUGUUAUUGAACAAUGUAGAUUUUUAUGCAAAAAUGCAAUCCAGAAAUCUUCACUUAUGUUAUUAAUCAAAUAGAUGCUACAUUUUAUUACAUUACUCUGUUAGUGUGAAAUAUUGCCAGAUUUUUGCUGAGAAAGUUAAGUACUAGAAUGUUUUGUUUUUGUUGUGACAUGAAACCUAGUUUGAAGGUUCUGAAAUAAUUAGUCGUCAUGUAUAGUUGUGUGCAAUAGUUUUUUUUGUUUUUUUUUUUUUUUUUGUUCAGUGCCAGUAUGAACAUAUUUUAGAUCAGAUGUUUGAUUGUGUGUUUGUUUUUUCUUUUACCGUGUUGCAGCAAUAAUCUUUGGUAGAUAUUUAUCUGAAAUUAGACUUAACACAAAAUAAUCUUUAUCACAGAACAAUAUCUUCUUCUUUAUUUGAAGUUACAUACCUAUUCUCAUGAUUUAGUCACUUGUCUCUAAUCUAGACACUACUGGAUUAAUAUGACUAACUUGAAGGAAAAAAAGAGAUGUGCAUCAUCAUUUACUUUCUCAGGCCUGUUGAUAACAAAUGCCGAAAAUAUCCGCAGUGAGACUGAAACAAAGUAAAUUUACAAAAAGUAAAAAAGUUAAUUCAGAUCACACGUUACAUUAAAAAUGGUGAUUUACCAAAACAGUGAUUUACAGUUGUAAUUACACUGCUGAAAAAGUUAUUCUACUGAAUAGCACAAUUUAUAAGGAAAAGAAAAAUAUGAAGUAAUAAACAAAAUAUUGCAUUUUGUUAUGUCUACUAUUAAUGAAUGCAUUUUGUUUUUAGUAAAAGUAAUAUACCCUUGCAUUGGAAAAUCAAAGAAGUUCUUAUAAAUAAAUAUAUGAUUAAGUUUAAAAGACUCUGGUAGUUUUAAUGCUAGCUUUGAUAAUAAAUCUUAACAUUGGGAGACAUGAUUACAUGAUGUAAUACUAGUUAUGCCAAUUAUUUGUGAGAACAAAAUAUUGAAGAACAAAAUAGUCUCGUAUUUUCUUAAAGAUAGUAUUCCAUUAAAAAGUGUUGUUGAAUGUAUUACUGAAUUGAUUAAAAUUAGAUAUAUGGAAAA